AUGGACCAGAUCCGCGGGACUGUCGCGAUUUUGGCGAACGUUUUGUAUUUCACGCCGGAUCCCGCGGAAAUCGAGCGCAGGGAGCGGAAGGUCGCGUUCUACGACGAGAAAAUUGCCGCGGGGAGGGCGGGGGAAAAUGUGGCGCGGCUGCUGGGCGAGAUCCGCGGGGAAGAGCAGAAAUUGGCGCUGCUGACGAGCGAGGAGUUUCGUUCGUACCGAUUGCGAGGAACCGCGGUGGAGUUGUUCUUCGCGUCGGGCGUUUCGCUGUUCUUCGCGUUCGAUUCGCCGGCGGUUCGAAAAGAAUUCCACGCGGUGCUUCGCUCGCUCGCUCUCCCGCGGUUAGAGCCGUUCCUCGGCGAAACGGCCGCGGAGCGGUGGUCACGUGACUCGAGCGAAGCCCGUUGGCACCGCGGGGAACUGAGCAAUCUGGAGUACGUUCUUCGCGUGAACCGGCUUGCGGGACGGAGUUACAACGACUUAAGUCAAUACCCGAUCGUUCCCUGGGUGCUCAGCAACUACACGUCGCCGCUGCUCGAUCUCCGCAACCCCGCCAAUUUCCGGCGGCUCGACCGGCCCAUGGGCGGGCAAUCGGAGAAACGCUUCUCCGCCAUGCAGCAAAAAUUCGAGAUGAUGCGCCAAUUGGAGGCGGAGGAAGCCGCCGACCCGCUCGCCGACCCGCUGCGACUUCUCUGCCCUCCCCCGCGGCACCACGCCACGCUCCCCUCCAGCAGCGCGACGGUCCUGUGGUCCCUGCUGCGCCUGGAGCCCUACGCCACGCUGCACGUCGUCCUGCAGGGCGGCCGCUUCGACCGGCCCGACCGCCAGUGCGCCUCCGUCGCCGGCGCCUGGCGCGGCGCCUGCGAGAACGAGAACGACUGCCGCGAGCUCGUGCCCGAGUGGUACGCGCUCCCCGCGGUGUUCCAGAACGUCAACAAAUUCGAUCUGGGCCCGCUGCAGGGAGCGGCGGAGCGGCUGGGCGCGAUCCGCCUGCCGGACUGGGCGUCGUCCGCGUACGACUUCGUGCUGUCCAUGCAGGACGCCUUCGAGAGCGAGUUCGUGGGAUCCCACCUCCACCAGUGGAUCGACUUGGUCUUCGGGGCGCUGCAGCGCGGCGCGGGCGCGGAGAAAGCGGGCAACGUCUUUCCGCAUCUCGCGUAUCUGACCGAGGCCCAGGCCGAAGCGCUGGCGCGCGACCAGCCCGAUCUCUACCUCCAGGCCGCCGAGAUCGUCGAGAACUUCGGGCAGAUCCCCGCGCAGGUCGGGUUCCCCGCGGAAAUCGAGCGUAGAUCAGCACCGCGCCCCACCGCGCACGGAAAGCGCACGGGUUCUGCAACCGCGUGA